CGUACGCUUCUUCUCCGACUUUCGCCUUCCCGCCGGCUGUUUCACACCAUUUCUAUACUCUCUCUCUCUCUCAAUGGUCAAUGCGAGUGAAGGAAUUUCAUAGAUAACAAUAAACCCACAACUUUUUUCUUUCUUCAAACAAGAGGAAUAAAAACAGAGUUAUUACGGAGCUUCUCAGCCUAUCAAUGGCGAAGUCUAAGAACAACAGCAAUACCAAGAAACUUUCUUACAUUUCAGUCCCUUCUCAGAUUAUCAACUCUCUGUCUCCGUCUUCUCUGCAAUCCCUCCUCGUUUCUCCCAAGAAAUCUUCAAGGAGCAAAAGCAGCAGCAGGUACUUGAGCUGGCUCAGCAACUACAGGAGCCCAAACUUCUGGGUUUUCUUCCUCUUCCUCUUUGGAUUUCUUGGGAUGCUGAAGCUGGGAUUCCAUAUCGACCGUUUGAUUCCCUAUUCUCCAUACCCAUGUUCCACAACUCAGCUCCGGGACUUGGUCUCUAAUGGCUACUUAAAAUCACACAUGGGUUUUGCUUCCAACGCUGAAAACAGCCACCAAGUCGAGGUUGUGAGCGAAUCCCAGCCGUUGAUUUCGAGUGGGGUUUUGGAAUCAGAGGUGGGGGUUGAGCUAAACAGUGGGAAAGUUGGGGAGGAAGCUGAGGGGAGUGAGUUUUGGAAGCAGCCGGAUGGUUUGGGGUAUCGGCCGUGCUUGGAUUUGACGCAAGAGUACAAGAGAGCUAGUGAGGGGAUAGUGAAGGACAGGACUAAAUACCUGAUUGUUGUGGUUUCUGGUGGGAUGAACCAGCAGAGGAAUCAGAUUGUCGAUGCUGUCGUUAUUGCUAGGAUUCUUGGUGCUGCUCUGGUGGUUCCUAUUUUGCAAGUUAAUGUCAUCUGGGGGGAUGAAAGUGAAUUUUCUGAUAUAUUUGAUUUGGAGCACUUUAAGGAAGUCCUUGCUGACGAUGUUCGGAUAGUUUCUUCACUGCCAUCAACGCAUAUAAUGACAAGGCCCGUGGAGGAGAAGCGGACUCCUCUUCAUGCUUCGCCUAAUUGGAUUCGGUCGCGUUAUCACAAGAGGAUUAAAAGAGAAGGGGUUUUACUGCUUAGAGGCUUGGAUUCAAGGCUCUCUAAGGAUCUUCCCUCUGAUCUUCAAAAGCUUCGGUGCAAGGUUGCGUUUCAUGCAUUGAGGCUUGCUCCUCCAAUUUUGGGAAUUGGUAACAAACUUGCAGAGAGAAUGCGCAGUAAAGGGCCUUACCUUGCCCUUCAUCUAAGAAUGGAGAAGGAUGUAUGGGUGAGGACUGGUUGCCUUCCUGGUUUGACUCCUGAAUAUGAUGAGAUAGUAAACAAUGAGAGGAAACAGCGGCCAGAUCUCUUAACUGGAAGAUCAAAAAUGACUUACCAUGAAAGAAAACUUGCAGGUCUCUGCCCCUUGAAUGCCGUGGAGGUGACCAGGUUGCUUAAAGCUCUAGGAGCUCCAAAAAGUGCAAGAAUAUAUUGGGCUGGCGGGCAGCCUUUUGGUGGAAAAGAAGCCUUACAACCGUUAAUCAAAGAGUUUCCCCAUUUUUACAAUAAGGAAGAUCUUACUUUGCCUGGUGAACUAGAACCUUUUGCAAACAAAGCUUCUGUGAUGGCUGCCAUUGAUUAUAUAGUUUCCGAUAAUAGUGAUGUCUUCAUGCCUUCUCAUGGGGGAAAUAUGGGCCAUGCUAUGCAGGGACAUCGUGCCUAUGCUGGCCACAAGAAGUUUAUAACCCCAAACAAAAGGCAUAUGCUUCCGUACUUUCUGAACUCUUCUCUCCCUGAAGCAGAGUUCAAUAGGAUCAUAAAGGAAUUGCACAGAGAUUCCUUAGGACAGCCAGACCUCAGGAGGAGUAGAGUUGGAAAAGAUGUCACAAAGUAUCCCAUUCCAGAGUGUAUGUGCAAUGAUACUAAGACUCAUCCGUACAUGUGAGUCAAUUCUGAAGAUUUCCAGCAUGAUGGACCCACUUCAUCGAAAAAUUGAAACAUCUCAGUAAAUCUCUUGAAUUUGAGCCCUCUGAAAGUGGUUUGUCCUCAGGGCAAUGAUGGUCCUUUGGAUCACUGGGGAUUUUAAGAGAGACUGCUGCAUCACACUCAAUUUGUGAGUUUGCUUUCAUUUUUUCUUCCCCACCGCUUCCUUUGUGUACAAAUUCAAGUCAGGCAAGACAAAUGUCUUCUUAUAAGACAAGAUAGUAUAUAAGGUUCUGUGAAGAGAAAAACUCUGAAGCUUCAAGGUAACCUGGAUUCGCUUUCAGACUUUCAUGAGAAACUCAGCACAAGGCAAAGAAGGUCCCCUAAUUCUUUGAUUCUUUAUAGGAAGAAUUCUUUUAGGAUAGAUUUUUUUUUUCCACAUUUUGGUUCAUUCGUUAUUGUACCACAUCAAUGUAUUAUAGAAGAUGCGUGUAUAUAAGCAGACUUGGAGUAAUAAUCUAUAUAUCUGUUUCACAA